AUGUACUCCAGUGGAGCUUUGAAUACCCAAACGUCAGUUUUUGAUAGCGUUGACAUUGAGCUUGAUAGCAACAACGACGGAAUUCCAAGCUCUGAUAACGUUAAAGAGUUUAUUGAUGAGGAAGUCCAAGAACAAGAACAAGAAGAUCAAACAUUUUACAGCGACUUAUCGGACGUUUAUACCGAAGGAGAAAGUAGCGGAUCCGACAAGGAAAAUGAUAGCCAGAUAAAUUCAGAGAAUCGAAGGGAUAAUGAUGUGCAAGAUGUCGAAGAAGAAGAAAUAUUGGAAGAUGAUGUUCAAGGUGAACCAGAAAACAACUCAAGCCACACUGAUAAUAAUAUUUCUGCAGAAUCCAAAGCUUUUGUUCUCUUUUUGCUUUUGUGGCAAAUUUUGUACAAAGUUUCAGAUAAUGGUAUUUCAGUCUUGUUGAAAUUUUUCAGACAAUUCUUGAUAGCAAUUGGGUCAAUUUCUGGAUGUGAUGUUUUGGUAAACUUUGCAGAAACAUUACCAGGCACACUUUACAUGGCUAAAAUUAAAUUGGGACUAGAAAAGGAUGACUUUGAAAAGUUUGCUGCAUGCCCAAAAUGCAUGAAACUGUAUAAAUUAGAGGAAUGUACAUAUACAAAAACAAAUGGUUCUGUUUCAUCCAAACGAUGCUCACAUGUAAAGUAUCCAAAUCAUCCCCAAAGGAGAAGACUUACUGAAUGUGGAGCAUUUUUAAUGAAGAAAAUGARAAGUAAGUCUGGAUCUGUUUACCUGCAGCCAAAGAGAAUGUAUUGUUUUCGAUCACCYAUUUCUUCAUUAAAAACUUUGCUCUCAAAACCUGGGUUUWUUGACAACUGCRAAGAWUGGAGAAAAAGAAACSUCGAUGAAGGCAAAAUGGGAGAUGUUUAUGAAGGGAAAAUAUGGAAGGACUUUCUUGACAUUAAUGUUGUGUGCCUACUUCAUUAAAUAUUUUUGCUUGUUGGCACUGAUCUUGCAAAGUCCUUCUCUUGUUAAUCGCCAGUUUGAACUUUGCGAAAGAGCAGUUCAUGUUUGUUCUGACACGCAGAAGACGAAUCAAGGGCAAAUUUGAAUAUUAGAUUGCAUGCAUUUUUUUCAACAAAGAAAUACAAUUCACUAACGAAGUUAAGGUUCUGCUUAAGUAGAAUCUCUUCUCUUUAGAGAAAACAAGAAUGCCAAUUGUUAUUUUUUAAGAAGUCGUCGUUUCAGAAAACAGCCUGUUCCAAAGCAUAUUUUUUCUCAAAACAUCGAUGGUAAUGCUUAAGAGUCGAUGUCAGGGAAAAUCAAACAAAUUCUAAAUAUCGCGGCAAGGUUCAAAAUUUAGAAUCCUUUGAAAUUUCUACAAUAGAUAGCCACUAAUAAACUUAAAG